AUGCGGUGGCGGUUACCGGGCGUUAGUUCGACCCUCCCCGCCAGCGUCGCCCUUCUUCUCCUCCCAGGCCUGGUUGUUCCGCAGCAGCACCCAGAGUCUUAUGACUCCGCUCCUCGAAUCUCCGUGCCCCUAGCGGCUGACGGAGCUGCAUCUUAUUCCAAACAUACAGUCUCCGCGGCUGUACCUCCCAUCGUGAAAUCCAACGAUGCGAGCGCCCUGGCAACUCUGGCUCUGGCGGGCUCCGGCCGCGCCGUUCGAGCCCCUCUCACCCAGACUAGCAGUACAGCUGCUGGUCUGGCGUCGCAGCUUCACGCGCGGUCCUUGCAGGACUGGGAGGUUGAGGACUUUGUCCUGUUGGCGACCGUUGACGGAACCAUUCACGCUCGAGACCGCAAGACCGGUGCUCCCCGCUGGGCCCUGGAAGUGCCCAGUAGCCCAGUGGUCGAGAGUAUUUACCACCGUGCCAAUCGGACCAGUUUCGAUGCGACCCAACCCGAGGACGACUUCCUUUGGAUCGUGGAACCCAGUCAAGAUGGAAGCUUAUACAUCUACAGCCCAGGUCCCGAGGCAGGACUGCAAAAGCUUGGUCUGACGGUCAAGCAAUUAGUCGACGAAACACCAUAUUCCGGCAUUGAACCUGCCGUGACAUAUACUGCCCGGAAAGAAACAACUUUGUACACGAUUGACGCCCGCACUGGAAGCAUUUUGCGGGUCUUCAGCUCUCGUGGACCAUUCCAGGCUGGUCAAGAAUGUCGCAAGGUAGACGGACAAGAUGUGGACCCGGAGGAGUGCGAAACAUCCUCCGGGACAUUGGUCCUUGGCCGUGUGGAGUAUGCCGUGGCUAUCCAGAAUACCGAGACGGGAGAUCCGAUCUGUACCUUGAAAUACUCCGAAUGGGCGCCCAACAACCGAGACAUGGAUUUACAAAGUCAGUACUACCGUACAAUGGACCUAAGUCAUGUCUAUAGCAUGCAUGAUGGUGUUGUACUGGGCUUUGAUCACUCACGGAUGGUACGCCCUCGUUAUACGCAGCGCUUCCAGUCCCCUGUGGCUCGAGUAUUCGAUGUGGUGCGGCCCACUAACAAGGAUGCUCCCGACGCUUCAACCCCAUUAGUACUUCUGUCUCAACCACUUCAGCCACCGGACCCCGACUACGGCACCUUAGACGAUGACCGAGACAUGCGUGUGUUCAUUGAUUCGACUAGCGCGGGUGGAUGGUUUGCUCUUUCCGAGGAGACUUACCCUCUGGUCACUGGUCGUGCCCCCAUGGCUCAAUGUUACGAAAAAGACUUUUUCCGUCGAGGGCAGUCACUGAUGAGCCUGACGCCGCAUCAGCAACGAGAUGCCCUGGCUGGUGUUCAUUCGUUGAAUGGCCCACAAAUCCGGCCUUCCAUUCCCCGACUGGGAAGCUCCACAACUGAACUUUCCAAUGACACUCCACGAGAGGUUUCACGCAGCCCAUCAGAGCUAGCUCUUCCUCCUGCUCUGCGACACAGCGCUAUAAUUCGCAAAAGCUGGGACAAUGCCCUCGACAUCGUUGUCACUCUUGUUCUGCUCUUUAUUGGUACAUUUAUCUACUUCAACUCGCAUCAUAUUCGGGACCUCGCCAAGCAGAAGCUCGAUAUUAAGAACAUUAUCAACUCAAAUGACAAAUCCUCUCUCUCGACCCCAACUACCCCGAUUAUCGGUACGGCCCCGGAUCUACCCCGCGCACCUACCCCUCGGCCGAUGACCGAUGUGACUGUCGAUGUUGAUUUGAUCGACUCUGGGGAGGCCACGCCGCGACCAUCUCGGGACCGCAGUGUACCACCGGAUAGGACACCCCGGGUGAAGAUUAGCGAGCCUGAUCGUGAAACAGAAGAAGGCGAUCUAGACGAGGGAAGCCAGAAUCCCGAUAAACCAGCGAAAAAGAAACGUUCGCGUGGUACACGAGGUGGCAAAGGCCAUAAACGCAAGCCAAAGCCUGGUAUCGAAGGCGAGCUUAGAGAGCACUCUGAUCCGGGAGUCGAACUUCUGAAUCGUCCAAAUUCACAGUCCCGGCUUGAGUCCGAUGCCCGCUUUACUCAAAAUGUAUCAACUGAAAUAGUGCAACCGGACGGGGUAGUUCGCAUUGGAAGACUAGAGGUAUAUACUGAUAUUGUGCUUGGACACGGCAGCCACGGAACCGUGGUCUACCGCGGUACUUUCGAUGGACGAAAUGUGGCUGUCAAGCGCAUGCUCAUGGAAUUUUAUGACAUUGCCUCACAUGAGGUAGGUCUGUUACAAGAGAGCGAUGACCACCACAAUGUCAUCCGUUAUUUCUGCCGUGAACAAGCAACUGGGUUCUUGUACAUCGGUCUAGAGCUCUGUCCGGCGUCUCUCCAGGAUGUCAUUGAGCGCCCUGUUCAAUUCCCAGAGCUGGUUCAAGGUGGCCUUGACAUGCCAGAUGUUCUUCGUCAGAUCACGCAAGGAGUCCGAUACUUGCAUUCGCUCAAGAUUGUUCAUCGUGACUUGAAACCUCAAAAUAUCCUGGUUGCCAUGCCUCGUGGGCGAACGACAUCGCGGGCCAUUCGCCUCCUCAUCUCAGAUUUUGGUCUGUGCAAGAAACUGGAGGAUAAUCAAAGUUCUUUCCGAGCCACUACUGCUCACGCUGCUGGAACGUCUGGCUGGCGUGCCCCGGAACUGCUCGUCGACGAUGACACUGGACCCUUGAGUCUUGCAUCCCAGCACACUGAAUCCUCUGAACCCGCUGUCGUUGAUCCCCAGACCAAUCGCCGCGCCACUCGUGCCAUUGAUAUCUUCUCACUCGGCUGCGUAUUUUAUUACGUGCUGACUCGGGGCAGCCAUCCGUUCGAUAAGAAUGGCAAGUUCAUGCGAGAGGCCAAUAUCGUGAAAGGUCACUUUGAUUUGCAAGAAUUGGAUCGCUUGGGUGAUUAUGCCUUUGAGGCAGAUGACUUGAUUCGUUCCAUGUUGUCUCUCGACCCACGCCAUCGCCCCGACGCCAGUGCUGUCCUGAUGCACCCCUUCUUUUGGGCCCCCUCCGACCGGCUUAGCUUCUUAUGUGACGUAUCGGAUCACUUCGAGUUUGAACCGCGCGACCCCCCAUCAGAUGCACUGCUCUGCUUGGAGUCGGUAGCCCCGCAAGUUCUCGGACCUGACAUGGAUUUUUUGCGCCUGCUCCCUCGCGAUUUCAAGGAUAACCUAGGCAAGCAGCGCAAGUACACUGGUUCUCGAAUGCUGGAUCUACUGCGUGCUCUCCGUAACAAGCGCAACCAUUACAAUGACAUGCCGGAGCACCUGAAGGUGCAUAUCGGUGGACUGCCAGAAGGUUAUCUGAACUUCUGGACUGUCCGUUUCCCUAGUCUCCUGAUGAGUUGCCAUUGGGUCAUUGCUGAGCUGCAAUUGACUAGGAUUGAUCGGUUCCAGCGGUACUUCCAGCCGCCGGAGUAG